GUGAAAGCUAACAGAGGAAAUGGAGGAAAAGGGGAGCUAGAACGAGCGAGGUUUAAGAGAACGCCAUCUGAUCACUUGCUUUGGUUUCCUUCAGCUUAUCUGGCAGGUUUUGACAAAUUGACAAAUAACAUCAGCAGGCUUUCAACGCUCAUGUGUGGAUGUGAGCAGGAGCUUUCAGUAUCAGCUGUCAGCCCAUCAUUUGGGUUGACUUUUUAGUAAUUCUGUGACUGAAGGACAUUCCAUCUACAAUGGACCUGGUGAAGCUCUUUGUGAUAUCUGUACUCCAUGUUUGUCUGGUUGGAUGUCAGUCCACUCAGAGUUCACAACAGGCAUCACGCCCUCAUCCUCCCUCAGGAGGUUCAAGUAAUCUGUCCUUCCCCUGGAGUCGCCUGCGCCUGCCGAGGUACAUUAUUCCAAUUCACUACCACCUCCUCUUGCACCCCAACCUCACAAGUCUUAGUUUUACUGGGUCAGUGCAGAUCCAGAUUGAUGUCCAGAACAAUACAAACUGGGUUGUACUACACAGCAAGGGCCUGCAGAUCUCUAAGGCCACAAUCUUGGACCAGAACUUUGAACAUCUCUCUGACCAGGUUCUUCCUGUUCUUCAUAACCCUUCCCAUGAGCAGGUGGGCAUUUUCUCUCCCAGGGUGCUUAGCAGCGGUCAGAAGUAUUUCCUGUAUAUUGAGUUUGGGGCAGAGCUCUCAGAAAAAUUUUUUGGAUUCUACAAAAGCACAUACAAAACCAGCACAGGAGAGACAAGAGUCUUAGCGUCAACUCACUUUGAACCCACAAGCGCUCGGCUGGCUUUCCCAUGCUUUGAUGAGCCAAGUUUCAAAGCCAAUUUUUCUGUGAGGAUUCGGAGGAGCCCAGAGUUUAUUUCUCUGUCCAACAUGCCUAUUGUUAAGACAUUGGAGAUCAGCGGUGGUCUCCUUGAGGACCGGUUUGUUCCAAGUGUAAAGAUGAGCACAUACCUCGUAGCCUUUGUUAUUUGUGACUUCAAAUCUGUCACUGCAACAACAUCCUCUGGUAUUCAGGUUUCCAUCUAUGCUGCCCCUGAGAAGUGGCAGCAAACCCACUAUGCCCUGAAGGUUGCUGUCAAAAUGCUGGACUUUUUUGAAGAGUAUUUUAACAUUCGAUAUCCAUUACCUAAACAAGAUUUGAUAGCUAUCCCAGACUUCCAGGCAGGUGCGAUGGAGAACUGGGGUCUGACCACCUACAGAGAGACCAGCCUUCUCUUUGACCCCCUGACAUCCUCUGUUUCGGACAAACUCUGGGUUACCAUGGUGAUUGGACAUGAGCUCGCCCAUCAGUGGUUUGGUAACUUGGUGACCAUGGAGUGGUGGAAUGAUAUCUGGCUGAAUGAAGGAUUUGCCCGAUACAUGGAGUACAUCGCAGUUGAAGCCACUUACCCUGAACUCAAAGUGGAGGAGUAUCUGCUACACACAUGCUUUGCAGCAGUUGGCCUCGAUUCUUUGAACUCCUCUCGGCCAAUAUCGAGCACAGCAGAGAACCCAACUCAGAUCAAAGAGAUGUUUGACACUGUCUCCUAUGACAAAGGAGCAUGUGUCCUGCAUAUGCUUCGGUACUUUCUGACGGAUACUGUGUUCCAGAGUGGGAUAGUACGAUAUCUCCGCAAAUACAGCUACAGGAAUGCACACAACCAAGAUCUAUGGGACACUCUGGCCAAUACGUGCUCAGAGGAGGACUUCAUCUCAGGAAAACACUGUUACAUUAGCAGCCAGGCUUCAAAGAAUGCUUACCUGUUUGUGGGGGAACACCUGAACCUGACAGCCAUGAUGAGCACCUGGACUUUGCAGAAGGGUAUUCCUCUCAUAACUGUGACUAGGAAGGGGUCUAAGCUGAUGUUUAGGCAGGACAGGUUCCUGAGGACGGUCCUGCCUACAGACCCUCUCUGGUACUCACUGCAACAAGGCUUCCUUUGGCAUAUUCCCCUGACGUACAAGACAGAUGUUUCUAAUGCAGUUCACAGACAUUUAAUGACCAAAAAAACAGACAGUGUACAUAUUGGGGAUGACAUCAGCUGGGUGAAGGUAAACACUGACAUGACUGGCUAUUAUGUGGUUCAUUAUGAGGACGGUGGUUGGGAUGAAAUAACCAAAGUCCUGAGGGAAAACCACACUGCUCUGAGCUACAAGGACAGGACUCACUUGAUACAUAAUGCAGUUCAAUUAGUCACAGCAGGUCAUCUGCCGCUCAAUAAAGCCCUAGAUCUGAUUGGUUAUCUGCAAAUGGAGACACACACAGUGCCUCUCCUGCAAGGUUUGGGCUAUCUGGAGGCAUUUUACUCAAUGAUUGAGAGACGGAAUGACCAUAAUCUGAUGCACAACCUGGGGAGGCACAUUCUGGGGUUUUUCCGUGGCAUCAUUGACCAGCAAACAUGGAGUGACAGCGGCUCUGUGCUGGAGCGGCGGUUCAGAUCAGAGGUCCUUUCACUGGCCUGUCAUCUGAAUGAUCAACCUUGUCUGGAACAAGCAAAACAGAGCUUCAAAAACUGGCUUCAGUCCAAUGGAACUCUAAAUCUACCUACUGAUGUGGCUGAGACAGUGUUUUCAGUCGGAGCACAGGAUGAACACGGCUGGAAUUCACUCUUCUACACAUAUACCACCUCUCUCUCUGAAGCACAAAAACACAAAAUCAUGUCUGCUUUGGCCAGCACCAAAGACACUAACAAACUGCACAGACUGCUGGAGCUGGGUCUGGAAGGGAAGGUGAUUAAAUCCCAGGAGAUGUCGGCUCUUGUGCUGAAGGUGGCUGGGAACCCACGGGAUCACCUCGCCUGGAACUUUGUCAAAAAGAACUGGAACAGACUGGUUCAAAAGUUCCAGUUGGGCUCAUCUUGUAUUAGAAACAUCCUCAUUGGCACCACCGGCCACUUUACAACUCCAGAGGAACUCACUGAUAUGCAGCUCUUCUUUGAGUCCAUCAAAGAGCAGAUAUCUGAGCUGAGAGCCGUUCAGAUCGCCCUGGACAAUGUGCAGAAGAAUAUUCGCUGGAUGCAGAGGAACCUGGAACCUCUACAGAACUGGUUAAAUGAACAAAUGAAGACAGCACAAUGAGAGGUGGUGGUUGAUGGACAAACAUUUGAAUGUUUUUUAACAUAGAUGUGGGCUUUUAUUCUGAUUCUGGAAAUACCUCAGAAUAACAGAGAGUUUUAUUAAAUACAUUUUUU